UUUCUUUUAAGCGAAUGUAGUUUAGUUGAUGUUGGAUGAUUAUUUCUAUGGAUUUGAAUGCUUCCUCGUUACCUAAAGAUGAUAAAGAGGAAGAAGAGAUAUUUUCAGCACAAGUCGAAGAGGAUAUUGCACAUGAGGAGCACAUAGAGACUGCAGUUGAGACAAUGCACAGAGAGCGUGAAGAAAGACGGCAACGCUUAAAAAGACAUUUCCCAGAUGAGGGUCCAAACCAACCAAGGAGAGAACCUGUCAUUAACGAGACAAGAUUUUACGAUAAAAACAAGCUGCCCCCUGGUUGGCUGGAUUUCCCUGCUUCUGGUGAUUGCAUAGGGUACAUAAUUCCUUCUAAAGUUCCUCUGGGAGAAACAUUCAAUGAGUGCAUAUUUCCUGGUAAAAGAUACUCUUUGAAGCAAGUUCUUCACCAGCAAAAAAUUUUAGGAAGAGAAGUUGGUUUAGUCAUUGAUCUGACCAAUACCACCCGCUAUUAUCAACCUUCGGAUUGGAGAAAAAUGGGUAUUAACCAUGUUAAGAUUGCAUGCAAGGGUAGGGAUUCAGUACCCGAUCCCGAGUCUGUGAAUACAUUUUUUUACGAGGUUUUAAAAUUCUAUUCCCGACGACAGAGGGAAUCCAACAAGUAUAUCCUAGUUCAUUGUACUCAUGGGCAUAACCGUACGGGUUUCAUGAUUGUUCAUUUCCUCAUGCGAUCAACGCCAUUGUCUGUCGAAAAGGCAAUUGGAGCUUUUCAUAAUGCACGCCCUCCAGGAAUUUAUAAACAGGAUUACGUUGAUGCACUGUACGCAUUCUAUCAUGAGAGGAAGCCCAGUAAUGUUAUUUGUCCCAAUACUCCGGAGUGGAAAAGAUCAUCUGAUGAUCUUGAUUUGAAUGGUGAAGCUAUGCCUGAUGAUGAAGAUAUUGUUACUGCUUCCCAGGAAAACCAAGUGCUGACGAAUGAACACACUAAUCUCUUUUGA